AUGAGUCUCUCCACCGAGCAUCCCCACCGCGUCCAGGCGAACGUCCUAUCGCAGACCUUCUGGGUAGACCCGGCGUACAACGUCACGAAAGGGCUCGGCCAGGGCGCGUACGGCUGUGUGGCUUCGGCCGUGCACCGUGCGUCGGGCGAGAGCAUCGCGAUUAAGCGCAUCUCGAACGUCUUUACGAAGCGCAUCCUGUCCAAGCGCGCGCUGCGCGAGAUCAAAUUGCUCCGCCACUUUCGCGGGCACAAGAACAUCACCUGCCUGUACGACCUGGAUAUUACGAAUCCCCAGGCGUUUAACGAGGUGUACCUCUACGAGGAGCUCAUGGAGGCCGACUUGCACGCCAUCAUCCGCUCGGGCCAGCCGCUGAGCGAUGCCCACUUCCAGUCGUUUAUCUACCAGACGCUCUGCGGCCUGAAGUACAUCCACAGCGCCAACGUCCUCCACCGCGACCUCAAGCCGGGCAACCUCCUGGUCAACGCCGACUGCGAGCUGAAGAUUUGCGACUUUGGCCUCUCGCGCGGCUUUGACGCAGAGGCGAACACGGUAGUGCCGGGCGCACAGGAGUUCAUGACCGAGUACGUCGCUACCCGCUGGUACCGCGCGCCGGAGAUUAUGCUUUCGCACCAGAACUACACCACAGCCAUCGACUUGUGGUCCGUCGGAUGCAUCCUCGCCGAGCUCCUGGGGCGCCGCCCGCUGUUCAAGGGCCGCGACUAUGUCGACCAACUCAACCAGAUCCUGUACUACCUCGGCACGCCGCCAGACGACAUGCUGGCGCGCAUCGCGAGCCCGCGUGCGCAGCAGUACAUCAAUUCGCUGCCAUUCAAGCCCCAAAUCCCGUUCGAGCAGCUAUACCCCGACGCCAACCCGCUCGCGCUGGAUUUGCUGCGCCGCCUCCUCGCGUUCGACCCGGCGGAGCGCAUCACCUGCGACGAGGCGCUCCGCCAUCCCUACCUUGCCGUCUGGCACGACCCCGCGGACGAGCCGACGUGCGGCGCCAAGUUUGACUUUUCCUUCGAGCAGAUCGACGACAUCGAGGGCAUGAAGAAACUCAUCCUCAACGAGGUCAUUUCGUUCCGCCGCGAAGUGCGCCUCCAGGCGCAGGCCCGCCAGCAAAUGCUCCGCGAGACGUCCGCGCAGGAGGUGCCGCCUGUGGUGCCGACCGCCGAGGCGAUCCCGCCGGAAGCCUCGCCGUACGAGCACACACCGCCGAGCGGGUCGCGCCGCCAGGACACGCUCCCGGUGCCGUCGCGCGCGGAAAUCGAGCGCUCGGCGCCGGAACAGUCGACGUACUCGAUCCUCGGCGAGUCGGUCUCGGCGCAGGGACAUCCAUGUGCCGAGCGCAACGAGAUGGUCGCCGAGAGCGACGUGAUGGAGGACCCGUACGAGUCGCUGAACCGCCAGAUCGGUGCGCACCCUGUACAGCAGUAUUAG